AUGAAGAUUGUGGUACUUUUGACGCUCUUUGUGGCGACUUUCUCGCUACCAGCGGAAAUGCCACAUCCAGAGGAAAUGGUUUUCAAGCUUGGAGAGGAAGAGUUUGAAGACUACUUGGAUAAGUGGUUGGAAAAAGAGCAAAGCAAAUGGCAUAAUAUCUCUGACGCACAAACCACGAAUGCUAGAAGUGGUUGUUCACUGAACGUGCGAAGCGAUUUCGCCAGCCCCCAACCAGUAUUUAUCCUUAAAAGGAUAAAUAAUUAUCUAACUCCAGACGGUAAUUCUGGAGUAGUUCGUUUAAAAACUGGCGAUGAAGUUAUAGUCGGUUGUAAUGGCCGUCAAAUUCGUCAUCCAAAUAUUGUUGCAACUAAUAUGGCUGUCGGUACUGUAAGGUGUGCUAAUAGCAAUCUUGUCACGGCUCCGGGUUUGCUGAAUGGAAACCGGGCUUUUGGUCAAUUGACAUGUAAUAGUAAUGUUAAUAGUGAGGCUGUGGAGACUAAUGAAAGAUGUUAUGGCAAUAAUGUUAUAAUUAGAGUCGGUUACAGUGUUAAUAGAGUAUUCUAUCCUCUUUAUACGGUAUGCUAUGAUAAAAACCGUUUCGAAGUUCUAUAUGUAUCAUACCCGCAAACUCCAAUAAAUGCUAUUCAACAAACAGGAGUCAGCAGGCCCAGUUGGCAAGCGGGAAAUUUCUUCCCUGGUGUAGAUAUUAACAAUCUAUACACGCAAAACCGACAUCGCGAAGCCAUAGCAAGAGCAGUAGGAAAUAACAUGGUGGACCGAUACGUCACAAGUAAACAGUUUUUGGCCCGCGGUCACCUUCUAGCGAAAAGUGAACUAGUAUUUGCUGUCGGUCAACGUGCAACAUUCCACUUCAUCAAUGCCAGUCCUCAAUGGCAACCCUUCAAUGGUGGAAACUGGAAUAAUCUCGAACAAAACCUACGGAGUCGCGUUGCCCAAGCGGGCUACCACACAACAGUAUACACGGGAACAUUUGGCGUCACUCAACUUCGUAACUCUGCCGGCCAUUUUGUUGACAUUUAUCUCGACAACACUAACAAUAGGCGCAGAGUACCCGUACCCCUUUACUUCUACAAGGUGGUAUACGAUGCUAGCAGACGCAUUGGUACCGCAUUCAUUGGUAUCAACAACCCAUACUACACGGUUUCUGAAGUCCGGGCUCUGCAGUUCUGUACAGACAGAUGUCGGAAUAACAACGCUUUCAGCUGGCUCAAGUGGCAACCAGACCGUAUAGACAUGGGAUACAGCUUUUGCUGUACUAUUAAUGACUUUAGGCGACGAGUACCUCACCUUCCACAAUUUCAAGUUAACGGCCUUCUGACAUAA